UGUAACAUUACCUUGUUAUUAUUGAGAAACCAGGUAAAGACUACGCAGAAUCUUGUUUCGGAACUCCUUGAGCCGUCUAGUAAUUAAUCAUGUCACAAGGGCUUUAAAUAGUAUAAUUAAAGCAGAAAAUCAUUACAGAUUAAACAUCACAAGUAUUUCAUACAGACAAAGAAUUCUAUAAAGAAUGAAGCUUCUUUUACCUGUAGCUGCUUUCCUCGCAACAUUUAUUUGUGGAGUUUCCACACAGUCCACAAAGCAUUUCCCUAACGACUCCAUUCGAGUUCGUCUGUUGAUAUACUCUGGACGAGAGGAUCCGACUUGGAAUGUCUCUCCGUUCAGCAGACUCUAUCGAAACAUUUCUUAUCUGAUGCAAAGGCCAACACAACCACCCCAAAAUUCCUUUCCAAGACUUGGCUACAAUGGAUUUGAUGUAGCGAUGCCAGGUGUACCCACGAGAACAAUUCCAGCAAGAUCUAACCCUGUUCUGGAGUCGAUGCUGUUGUACUCUGGAAGGCAAUACAUUGAUGAAUCCACGUACAGAUACGUUCUUAGUGAUAUUCACAGAUAAACUGUCACAAGCACUGUCUGCUUUGUUUAUUACUUUAGAAGAAUAUUAAAUGAUGCAGUACAUCCA